AUAAAAAGCCGCGCUAACGAAAUGAGAGCAAUCAGUAGCUAUCGAGCAGUCUACAACAGAAGUGCACGAUGAGAUUUCUGAUUGUUGCCGCCGCCGUCCUCGCCUGCGCCGCAGCCGCGCCAUCCGGCGCCCUGCUGGCCGCACCCUACGCCCACGGCUUGGCCUACGGCCAUGCCGCGCCCUACGCAGUGGCCCACGCUGCGCCCUUGGCUGUAGCUCACGCUGCUCCCGUGGCCGUCGCCCACGCCGUCGCCCCCACCAUCCCCCCCGGUGACCUGCAAGGCGCCGCCAUCGACGCUCACGUCGAGGCGACCGACCACGCCCGCGCCGCCGUCGACGCCGCCCGCGAAUACCACGACCAGGCUUCCGAAGUGCAAGGACAGGCCGUGAACGCCGCCGAAGACCACGCAUGGCAAGCGGUCGACGCCGCCCAGACCGCCCAGGCCCAGAUUGACGGUGCCGCCGCCGGAGUAGCUCCCAACGUAGCCCGCCAGCUGGUCGGCCACGCCGCGCCCGUCAUCGCUGCCGCACCCGUGGCCGCUUACUCCGCGCCCGCCUACGGCCACGCCGCGUACGCCGCACCUGCGCUCGCGCACGGAGCUUACGCUGCCCCCGCCCUCGCUGCGUACGGUGGCUCUCACUCCGUAGCUAGCCAGUCCCUCUCCCAGACCCACCCCGCCCCAGUGGUCCACGCUCAAGUCGCGUACGCGGCGCACGGUCUCGCCCACGGUCUCCCCCACGGUCUCGCGCACGCAUGGUAAACUGUGAUAAACUUCUAGCCAAAAAAUUUUUUUCCUAAUACUCAACUUCGGAAUGUUUUUAUUUAAAUGUAAAUUUUUGUACAGAUAUACAGAGGCGAGGAUGUGUGAAUAAAUGAAAUAGUAAUUUAUA